GCCCGCCCUCUCGCCCGCUGACUGUGAGGCUUAGGGCGCAGGGAAGCAGGUCGGUUGGUCGGUCGGGAACGAGGCUUCCGCGGCCAGGCCCGCGCGGAGCUGUUGCCAUGGCAGCUGCCGCCGGGGGCGCGGACAACGAUCCGCGCUCGGGCGGCUCGAGCUCGGAUGGCGAGUGCGCGGUGGCGCCGGAGCCACUGACGGGCCCCGAGGGCCUUUUCUCCUUCGCGGACUUCGGAUCUGCGCUGGGCGGCUGCGAAGGCCUCCCGGGCCGGGCGUCCGGCGGGGCCCAGUCUCCGCUGCGCUACCUCCAUGUCCUGUGGCAGCAGGACUCGGAGCCCCGCGAUGAGCUGUGCUGUAAGAUCCCCGCCGCCCGGCUGAGGCGCGCUGCCAGGCCCCACCGCAGGCUCGGGCCCACGGGCAAGGAGGUGCAUGCUCUGAAGAGGCUGAGGGACUCAGCCAAUGCCAACGAUGUGGAAACAGUGCAGCAGCUGCUGGAAGAUGGCGCGGAUCCCUGUGCAGCCGAUGACAAGGGACGCACAGCUCUACACUUCGCUUCCUGCAAUGGCAAUGACCAGAUUGUGCAGCUGCUCCUGGACCACGGGGCUGAUCCCAACCAGAGAGACGGGCUGGGGAACACACCUCUGCACCUGGCGGCCUGUACCAACCAUGUCCCUGUCAUCACUACACUGCUUCGAGGAGGAGCCCGUGUCGAUGCCCUGGACCGAGCUGGCCGCACGCCCCUGCACCUGGCCAGGUCAAAGCUGAACAUCCUGCAAGAAGGCCACUCUCAGUGCCUGGAGGCUGUGCGGCUGGAGGUGAAACAGAUCAUCCAGAUGCUGAGGGAGUACCUGGAGCGCCUGGGGCGGCACGAGCAGCGGGACCGGCUGGACGACCUGUGUACCCGCCUGCAGAUGACAAGCACCAGAGAGCAGGUGGAUGAGGUGACCGACCUCCUGGCCAGCUUCACCUCCCUCAGCCUGCAGAUGCAGAACAUGGAGAAGAGGUAGCAAGAGGGGCUCCCUGCCUUUCCUCCCUGCCCUGCCCUGCCCACCUGCCUUGCCAUUACAAAGAAAAGCCUAGUGCCUGCGAUCAUGGAGCUGCACUUGUUGGGGGGGCCCUCACCCCCAACCCCAGAUGCUACGGGCCAGACACGGUCUCCAUCGUCUCUGCGG